UGAGGAGAAGGAGGAGUAGAACGAAAGAAGGAGGUGGAGGAAGUGGAGAAGGAAAAAGCCAAAGAAAUAGAAGAACGAGUCAAAGGGGGAAAGUUGCAUUUAGUGGUUUAGCCGUCACCCGAACUGUGAUCCUGAAUCUCUCCACCACUAGACAUUUGAUUACCACCAUUAUUUCUUUAUUAUCAUUAUUAUUUGUAGUAUUAUUAGUUUUAUUAACGUUAAUUCCAUUUUCUUUCACUGUCAACGACCAAUUUUAAUGGGACUCUCAUUCAAAAGCCCAGAACACAAACGUGUAACAUCCCGCGUCACUGCAAUGAUUGAUGUUGUACCAGUUGACACAACAAACGAGGAGACACGCACUCUUUUUGUGAAUGCGUUUAUCACAAACAAUCGUUCUGAUUACAUAACACACCUGAUGGCUUACCAUACAAAGUAUCUAGAAUGUUUUCUCAAGACUCAGAACCAUUUAAUGAGAGCUGAUGGACCAUUACCAUUUGCAUAUAGACAUUAUAUAGCUAUAAUGGCUGCUGGUCGACACAAGUGUUCCUACCUCAUUCAACUUCAAGCUACUGAGUUCCUCUUACAGAGCGGUAACGCCGAUUGGUUGAAAGGGUUGGAUUACAUCCCACAGAAACUACGAGAUCUUUAUGAAAUUAAUAAAUUGCUUGCCCAUAGGCCAUGGUUAAUAAACAAAUCACAUAUAGAAAAACUUACCAAAGGGCCCAACAACUGGUCGGUGUCUGAGGUAACUCAGGCAUUAAUAAUACUUUCUCACUUCCAUGCAUUGUCCGGGUUUAUUUAUGGCUGUGGAAUUAGUUGUGAUUUUGAUGCUGAUCAAGGACUCACUUACCUGCCUGCUUCCAAGAACUAUGAUGAUUCUUGUGAAAAUGGCUGUCAAAGUGAAGAAGAAACAGAAGAGGAAGAAGAUAAUUCUUAUGAAUGCUUUGAGGGAGGAGUCGAAGCUUUACUUGAACGAAUGAAGAAGCUGAGUGAAACCCAAGAAGAAGCAACAGAAGAAGAAAUGCUGAAAGGAUUUGAGAAGGUGGAAUCUCCUAACCUCGAAUUAAGUACCUCAACAGAGAAUCUCACUGCAAACAAAUCAAACAUACUACGCUAUGUCUAUGAACCAGACUACACAUACCAAGACUUCAAACGUGUUAAUUACCAAGAAGUAGCUACAUUCCGAGCUCAGGAUUACUCCUGGGAAGAUCAUGGGUUUUCAUUAGCCAAUCGUCUCUAUCCAGAGAUUGGAAGUCUAUUGGACGAAAAAUUCCGAGUGGCUUACAACCUUACUUAUAAUACAAUGGGUAACAACAAAGGUGUUGAUACGACAGCUUUCCGGAGAGCCAUCUGGAACUACAUCCACUUCAUGUAUGGCAUCCGUCACGAUGACUACAAUUACAAUGAAGUGACCGAUCUACUAGAGAGAGACUUGAAAACCUAUGUUAAAACUGUCACUUGUUAUCCUGAGCAGGUUUCCUACCAAGAUUACAAAAAUGUUUUGAAAGGCUUUCAACAUUCGGAAAAGGUUCAUGUCAAUUUGAUGAUGUUGGAAGCUCGUCUACAGGCAGAAUUGUUAUAUUCUUUGCGGGCUGUAAUGAGGUACAUGACUUGAAGUGGGUACUGCUGACUGGUUCUGUCCGGUGUGCUAGUGGGUGCCUGCUGUCAUAGAACUGUUAAUAUGGUAUUUAUGAAGAAGAGC